GGCUGCUGGUUCUGGAUGAGAUGGAUCAGCUGGACAGUAAGUCUCAGGACGUUCUCUACACCAUCUUCGAGUGGCCGUACCUCAGCCAGUCCCGCCUCUGCCUCGUCGGUAUAGCGAACGCUCUGGACCUGACGGACCGGAUCCUCCCUCGUCUUCAGGCUCGGCCUCAGUGUCGCCCCCUGCUGCUCCACUUCCCCCCCUACAGCCGGCAGGAGCUCAGCGACAUCGUGCAGGACCGACUCUCUCAGGCGUCGGCGGACGGGAUCAUGGACGCCUCGGCCGUUCAGUUUUGUGCCAGAAAAGUGUCGGCGGUGUCUGGAGACGCCAGGAAAGCUCUGGACAUCUGCAGGAGAGCUGUUGAGGUGGUGGAGUCUGAUGAGAGGAAGAAAUCAUCGGAUCAGAAAGAUGAAGCUAAAGGUGAGCACUCACUUCUCCUCCGUCACUGA